AGAGCCAUUUCCGGCGGGCAGAAACUAGGAAGAAACUUGGAGCCGCCAAGGCGCUCCAGCUACCAAUCGCCGCCGCCGCUGCUGUGCCCUGUGGCCCGGGCCGCGCUGAGCUGUCGGGAGGCCUGACCAUGGGGCAGCGCGGGCCCACCGCAGUGUGAGGCGCGGAGCCUCCCGCGGGCUCCCCUGACAGGCCGGGGACCGGCAGGCGGGAGGCGUCGUUCGGCCGCGGUCGCGGCUCCGGCCCGGGCAUCAUGAACAUAGACGUGGAGUUCCACAUCCGGCACAACUACCCCUGGAGCAAGUUGCCCGCCAACGUGAGACAGAGUCUUGGAAAUUCACAGAGGGAAUAUGAAAAGCAGGUUGUCCUGUACAGUAUCCGCAAUCAACUACGAUACAGAAAUAACUUAGUUAAACAUGUCAAGAAAGAUGAACGCAAAUACUAUGAGGAGCUGCUAAAGUACAGUCGAGAUCACCUCAUGCUGUAUCCUUACCACUUAUCAGAUAUUAUGGUGAAGGGUCUGCGGAUAACACCAUUUUCCUACUAUACUGGGAUUAUGGAGGACAUUAUGAACAGUGAGAAAAGUUAUGAUUCAUUGCCCAAUUUUACUGCUGCUGACUGUCUGAGGCUUCUUGGCAUAGGAAGGAACCAGUAUAUUGAUCUUAUGAAUCAGUGUAGAUCAUCAAAAAAAUUCUUCAGAAGGAAAACGGCUCGUGAUCUUCUGCCCAUAAAGCCAGUAGAAAUCACCAUAGAGGCGUGGUGGGUAGUACAGUCUGGAUAUAUCACAGAAGAUGACAUCAAGAUAUGCACUUUGCCUGAGAAAUGCGCUAUUGAUAAGAUCAUCGAUUCAGGCCCUCAACUCUCUGGAUCACUAGAUUACAAUAUAGUACAUAGUUUAUAUAACAAAGGAUUUAUUUAUCUGGAUGUACCGAUAUCUGAUGACAGUUGUAUAGCAGUUCCUCCUCUUGAAGGUUUUGUAAUGAAUCGAGUACAGGGUGAUUAUUUUGAAACUCUACUCUAUAAAAUAUUUGUUUCAAUAGAUGAGCACACUAAUGUUGCAGAGCUUGCCAAUGUCCUUGAGAUAGACUUAUCUCUGGUUAAGAAUGCUGUUUCAAUGUAUUGCCGAUUAGGCUUUGCCCAUAAGAAGGGACAAGUAAUAAAUUUGGAUCAACUUCAUUCAUCGUGGAAGAAUGUUCCAUCCGUAAACAGAUUAAAGAGUACUUUAGAUCCACAAAAGAUGCUCUUAUGGGAUGGUGGGGAAAGUCGGAGUCCUGUGCAAGAAGCUUCUUCGGCUACUGACACAGACACAAAUAGUCAAGAAGAUCCAGCUGACACAGCUAGUUUAAGCAGUUUGAGUCUGUCUACAGGAUAUACGAAGCGUAUUGCCUUCCUAUUUGAUUCAACUCUUACUGCCUUUUUAAUGAUGGGAAAUCUUUCACCAAACUUGAAAAGUCAUGCAGUCACAAUGUUUGAAGUAGGCAAACUCUCAGAUGAAUCUCUGGACAGCUUUCUUAUAGAACUAGAAAAGGUUCAGAGCACUGGUGAAGGAGAAGCACAGAGAUAUUUUGAUCAUGCACUUACUCUGAGAAACACAAUACUAUUUCUGAGACAUAAUAAAGACCUAGUUGCACAAACUGCUCAGCCAGACCAACCCAAUUAUGGUUUUCCCUUGGAUCUCUUACGCUGUGAAAGCCUCCUUGGUUUGGACCCUGCCACUUGCAGCAGAGUUCUAAACAAAAAUUAUACACUGCUUGUUUCCAUGGCUCCUCUCACCAAUGAAAUCCGGCCAAUCAGCAGCUGUACUCCUCAGCAUAUUGGACCAGCUAUCCCAGAAGUCAGUUCUGUCUGGUUUAAACUGUACAUUUACUUUAUCACUGGGCAAGGACCACCAUCUCUCUUACUGUCCAAAGGUACAAGACUUCGAAAACUCCCAGAUAUAUUCCAGGGUUAUGAUCGAUUACUCAUAACAUCUUGGGGUCACGAUCCUGGGGUAGUUCCUACAUCAAAUGUACUCACGAUGUUGAAUGAUGCUUUAACACAUUCUGCGGUUUUAAUUCAGGGACAUGGUUUGCAUGGGAUAGGAGAAACUGUCCAUAUACCGUUUCCAUUUGAUGAAACAGAACUGCAAGGAGAAUUUACUCGUGUCAAUAUGGGUGUUCAUAAAGCAUUACAAAUAUUAAGGAACAAAGUGGACUUGCAGCAUUUCUGUGGAUAUAUCACCAUGUUGAAUUCUUCUAGCCAACUUGCAAGUAGAAAACUCAGUGAUGCUUCUGAUGAGAGAGGAGAUCCUGAUUUGGCUUCUGGCUCAGAUGUAAAUGGCAGUACAGAAUCAUUUGAAAUGGUCAUUGAGGAAGCAACUGUAGAUUCAGCAGUGAAACAAAACUCUGGUGCCACAACAGAAGCAGAGUGGGUUCCUCUUGAGUUGUGCUUUGGCAUUCCACUGUUCAGUUCUGAAUUAAACCGGAAAGUUUGUAAGAAAAUUGCCACACAUGGCCUCUGUAGAAAAGAAAGCCUUCAAAAUCUUUUGCAUUCCAGUAGGAAACUCUCUCUACAAGUCCUUAACUUUGUUCACUCAUUCCAGGAAGGUGCUUCAACACUGGAUAUUCACACAGAGCCCAAUUUUUCAAGUUUGCUUUCACCGUCAUCCUAUGUGGAUAUGGGAGUUCCACUUCCUGCAAAGAACUUAAUAUUUAAAGAUGGCAUCUUAUCAGAAUGGAGUGGACGGUCACCUUCCUCACUUCUUAUUGCUAAUCUUCAUUUGCAAUAAUUUGAUUACACCAUAUGUUGCUCUCACACUUCCAGCCUUUUUUUUUUUCUUACUGUUAGCUUUAUAGUGUCAGCUACUAAAAAGCAUCCUGCUGCUGCAGUGCAAUUCUUGCUUAACUAAUAUUAAAAUUGGGGGAACAUGUUCAUGUUUUCUGACAUGUUGUUCAUUAUUGCACAUCUUAUUGCAACAAAGUGCUUUUUAGCAGCCAGCACUGUAUUUUUUACCUUGAGACAAUCUGCAUUUCUUUUAUAAUACUAAUUAUAUACUUUAUAGGCUUUAUAAUGACUGUUAAGUUUAUAAACAGUCACUAUGAAUAUUGCAACGGUAAUUUUAUAUGUUAGUUUAUCGGACAUAAAUCUUGUUUAAUUUUAUAUUUUGUUACCGAUACUUUAGGGGAUCAAGGGAAGAGACAUAACUCUUUCUCUGAAAAGCUUCUUGGUACUUAGAGUAGUGAAACUGUAAAACAGUAAACAUCUGGUAUUGAGAGGUGAUAUGAUGGGGCAUUAAGAAUUCCUGUGGGUGUUUGUAAAUUAUGUAUAUCAAUUGGAUAUUGUUGAAGGUAUGUAAACAGCGGCUAUGUAUAACUUAACCUUGAUUCAUAAGGUCUUAGGCUAUGACUCUUCAUUGACAUCUCAUUAGAAGCUUUGGAAAACAUUCUAUUUUUAAACAGUAUUUAUAUGUGGACUUCUGUUGUCACUCACUUUGGACUUUAUAUUUUCAUAGAGUCUUUAUGGAAAAAUGGAAUUUAUUUUCCACUCAUAGCUGAGACUGCUGCAUGUUUUCACCUGAUUUUUUGUUUGUUUGUUUUGUUUUGUAGCUUUACCAAUGAAUAUUUUUGGAAAUUGAAUUUGAUGUUUUCAAACUGAGGAUUGUGAGUUUAGAUUAGAAUUACAUACAAGAAGCUUUAAGGCUAUGUCCUUGGAUCAAAACACUUCAUGAUAAAUCUAUUGUGAAGGCAUAUUCUUAAGCAAUCUGGAUUUUUAAAUUUCUGUUAGUAGUUUUGGAAGAAAUGAUAAGGAAAAUUGAAUAAUUUCAAAGUGUUUCUUGAGUCAUUGAUUUAGCAUCUCAAAUGUUAAUUAGAAUAAUUGGAAUCACUUUUUAAAGACUUUUCAAGUUACCUUCCUUGGGAAGUUUGUGCAGUGUUAUAGUUUAGCUUAGGCUCCUCUUACAGGAUAAUGGUUUUGCUAGUUUAAAACUGUAACCAAACUAACUGGUCAAAUAACAUAUAUCUAAAACACUUAAAAUAUUAGAAAAUUUUGGAAUGUUAAAACCAAACUUUUUGCUGAUGAUUUUUGUUAUUUAUGGAACUGAUAUUUGUGUAUUUAACAUACUUCUGGAAAUAUAUGCCUUUCUUAAAAUUGUUAACCAUGCAUUUAAUACCAUGGCCUAUCUAUAGAAUUAAAUAUUUUGGACCAGGUUACCUAUGGCACAGUCUUGCUGUGUUUGGGGUAAAUACCAUAAUGUUUAAUUUUCUACUUUGACUUCUAGAAGAUAGAAACCAUGUCUGUGUUUUGUGCGUCUAUAAAAGGAGAACUACAUACUAAUAUUAAAAUAAUUUCUUAUGACUGUGAAUCACUCAUUUAUUUUUCCAGUAAUUGAUAUUGUACAUUCCUAGUGCUAUUAGUUAUGUAUGUAUGUAUGUAUGUAUGUAUGUAUGUAACUUUUAGAGUUUCAACUGAAAGUUGUAAGUAUUUCUUUUGAUCAGGGCUCCUUAAUCUCAUUUUAAUGUGUUUGAAUUAACUGUAGUUAUUUAUUUUUGUGUUAACCAUCUAAGCCAACUGUAAUGACAUGUACACUAAUAAAGAAUUGAAAGUUUGUAGUUGUUGACAUUGAACCCAGUUGUUGCUGAGUUGAAAGCUUAAAAUAUGGGAGUAAUUUGCUGCUAUACUUCCUUUGAGAGAGAAUGGAGAGAGAAGUAGAACCUAAUAAUGAUCAUGAACUUCAGGGAAAGUACUUGAGAGGAUACGGGGUCCACUCUGGUUUCUUGUGUUCAGUGAGGACGGUGAUCAUCUGAUUCCCAGCUGAAGACCUCUCAUACUCUUUCAGAGAGAGAAUUUGCAUUUUUAGAGCUGUUAGCAAAAUGUGAAAUGCUGAUGUUCCUGCUUAGCUGUAUGAAUGUAGCUUUGUUUCAUUUAUACAUUGAUUCAUGUAAAGAUACAUCUCCUAAGUCUUAUAAAUGUUGAUCCAGUUCAACAAAAAAGUAAACUUAAAAUAAUAUAGACUUUGUUAUUUGCCAAAGAAGAUUCUUGAAAAAUUUGUAUCCUUUUUUUUUUUUUUUUUUUUACAAAUGUUUAAAGUAAUUUCAUUUGGCUUCAUGCCACCUCCCCUCCUUUUCUCCCCUGCCCUUUACUGCCUCAUGAACCAUGGCAAACAUUCUUUAGAAAACGACAACGAAAAUAGGGACUAUCAAAAAGGGAAUAGAACUUACUAGGGGAACAGUUUCACCUCUCCAGUGGGUCUAAAGAAAUGCAACUUUAUGUCACUUAAAAAAUGCAAUUGUCUGAUUUCCUUAUCUUCUUUCCUUUUUAAAGUCUGUAUCAGAUGAUUUUUUUCAUUUGUUUUCUGGGGAAAUACCAGUUUCUUUUAUGUUUGUUUUCUCUGCUAUUCACGUUCCUUUUUUUAUGUUUAGUGUUUCAGAAACAGAUUGUAUUAAAAGAUUUUAAAGUACCAAAACUGUAAUAGUACAGUGGAUUGUUUUCUGUUAUGUUAAUCUUAUACAAUGAAAUGUAUAAAGUGUUGUCAAUUUGAUUAUUGACAUAUAUAACAUGUUUACAAAUAAACUGUGGUGUUGAUCAA